UAAUAACAGAGCACACAACACAAUUGACAGUUUCUUGCUGAAGAAAUUUUUCGAGUUCUGCAUUCAAUCUGCUGAUUUUCUUUUGGAAUUUACUGCAAAAUUAAUGUUUUAGCUUAAAUUUAAUAUCAAAUUAGCAUUUUGUGCAGUUAAAUUACGCAAUACACUCGAAAUUUAGUUGCUUAAGUCAGAAAAAGCACGAAUAUGGAGGAUAUAUUUCAUUGGUGCCGUGAGGGAAACUCGAUACAAGUGCGCCUUUGGCUGGAAGAUACGGGCAAUGAUAUGAAUUUAGGUGACGAUCAUGGCUUUAGCCCUCUGCACUGGUGUGCCAAAGAAGGUCACACAAAAUUGGUGGAAACUCUAAUACAACGUGGUGCGCGCGUUAAUGCUACCAACAUGGGUGACGAUAUUCCUCUACAUCUAGCCGCUGCUCAUGGCCAUCGCGAUAUAGUCCAACUGCUAAUACGUGAGCGAUCGGAUGUGAAUGCUGUCAAUGAACAUGGCAAUACACCACUCCACUAUGCCUGCUUUUGGGGUUACGAUUUGAUUUGUGAGGAUUUGGUGAAUGCCGGAGCUAUAGUCUCCAUCGCCAACAAGGACAACGAUACACCAUUGGAUAAAGCAAAGCCUGGUUUGUCAAAGCGUCUGCAUGAUUUGGCAGAACGCAACGGUCAUGACAUCAAGAAAAUAAGCUUUAAAGAGCAAAGUUGGUUGGGCACCAAGACCCGGUCACGCGAUGCCACACUCUCCCGCUUUAAGGGCAUAAAUUUGGGCGAACUAGAUUUGCAAUCGAAAAUAGCUGUAACACCAUCCGGCGAGACAUGGCGUGGGCGUUGGCAAAAGAAUGAUGUUAUUGCAAAGAUUCUAGCGGUGCGUCAUUGUACAGCGCGCAUAUCGCGUGAUUUUAACGAGGAGUUUCCGAAAUUACGUAUCUUCUCACAUCCGAAUAUAUUGCCAAUAAUUGGGGCUUGCAAUCAGCCGCCAAAUCUAAUUACAAUUAGCCAAUUUAUGACCCGUGGCUCGCUCUUUAAUUUGCUGCACCGCGCCACUGGUAUUGUUGUGGAUACAGCGCAAGCAGUGCGUUGCGCCUUGGACAUAGCGCGCGGUAUGGCAUAUCUGCAUUCGUUGGAACGCAUUAUUCCCACAUAUCAUCUAAACAGUCACCACGUCAUGAUCGAUGAUGACCUUACAGCACGUAUUAAUAUGGGCGAUGCGAAAUUUUCGUUCCAAGAGAAAGGACGCAUUUAUCAGCCGGCUUGGAUGUCGCCCGAGGCAUUGCAACGUAAGCCGUCCGAUCGGAAUUGGGAAGCGUGUGAUAUGUGGAGUUUUGCAAUCAUUUUAUGGGAAUUAACUACACGUGAAGUGCCUUUUGCCGAAUGGUCGCCCAUGGAAUGUGGCAUGAAGAUUGCCCUGGAAGGUCUGCGUGUUAAAAUACCACCCGGCACUUCGUCGCAUAUGGCUAAGCUGAUUACAAUUUGCAUGAAUGAGGAUGCCGGGAAGCGACCGAAAUUCGAUAUGGUUAUACCGAUUUUGGAUAAGAUGAAACGUUAAUGAGAAUUGCGUUGAACUGCCUUUGAAAGAACUAGCGCUGCACAAUUUUGCCUUAAUGCAGCAAACAAAAAAAAAAAUAUUAACGCACGUUUUUCUACAAUAUAAAUGCCAAGCUAAUUUUUUAAGUGCUGAAAGAAUAUUUUUCCAUGCAGUAAAGGUAUAUCGAUUUUUGAAUACUCGGCAUGUAGUCCUCUUUGAAAACCACGAAAGUGCCUAAAAUCAUCGGAAUUUUAUAUUAACGAAAAAAUUAAUUUAACAUUUACUAUAACUGCGUAUACAAAUAACUAAUAUAAUCGCACAAAGGAUAUUUAAUAACUCACAAGAAUUUUUAGUAAUUUACGUAUAUACAAAUACGUAUGGAAAUGCUCUAUAUGUACACAAUAAGUAUUUUUGAUAAGCUUAGCCAACGCGUAAAUGUGGCGUUGCAAGUUUAGGUCGUUUAAAUAAAAUCCCAUUGUUUCAACUGUUCAACUUCACUGUCCACUACCCACCUACUUAAGAUUAACAAGUUUGUUUUAUGAAUGCUAACAUAUGAUACUAAUGUGCUAUUUCUAACGGCAAAUUUAAUAACUUUUUAAAAAUAAUUAACUUCGAGGUAUUUAGUCGGUGCUCUGUAACUAUUUUUACUACCACAGUUGUAUUUCGUUAAACUGAACUAUUUUAAAUACUUUUUAAUGUUGUGCUCCUCUGUUUUAUUUGUAGGUAUUUAUCUUGACAAACAUGUUUUUUUUUAAUAUCGAUGUUAUAUUUUUGAUAUUUUUUAUACAUUAAUUUUAUAUAUUACGUAAUAGCGAAAAUAACAAAUAAAAUAUUUAAUGUAGUU